AUGUAUAUUCAUAUAUUUCUUUCUGUUUUCAUUUUUCGUCGGUGUACCUUAUCACUCACCUUUAUCGCUCUCAUCUUCACCCAACCAACUCAUCGUAAUACUCAUCGAAAACAGUGCGUCAAAGCGUGUUUAGAUCUCGCGCCAAAAUCUGACGACUAUUGCAACGAGACGUGCUCGGACGAGUGUAAAGCGAUGAAAGAGGACGGGGACGAAGGGAACACGGCGUUUUCCGCACCAGAGCCAGACGAGGGAUUGCAAGGGAAAAUCAACAACGUCCUCGAUAAAGGCGCGGUAUUCUUCGUCCGAUAA